UUCGCAGCCCUCUCACCCCACGGCCUGUGGCUGCCUGGGCAUCUCUCCCAGGAAGUGCUGGGGCACCGGUCUCCCCCACGCGACUGCUGAUCUGCAUGGGAAACACCCUGACCUUCUUCUGUCAGGGGGACUUUCCAGGCUAUGGGUGUCUGGUGUCUCCACGUGGAAGAGGUGGGGGAAAGAGGAGUUUCUGAAGAGAACUUUUUGCUCCUCUCUGUCUCAAAAUGCCAGACUCUUGGCUUCUACCCUGGGUACAGGGGGGGAAGUGGCAGGUGGCCUGGCACUGCAUGGAGCCAGCACUUUGACCUCCCUCUCAGCUCUCUGCUCAGGGACGGUGGACAGGUUGCCUACUGGGACACUCUAGGUUGCUGGGUCCAUGGGGAGGAUUGGGGGAGGAGAAGCAGUGCCUUCCCUCUCGUGUGGGGUGGGGGCUCUCUCUUCUUGGUGCCUGCUGUCUUUCUACUUUUUAAUUUAAAUACCCAACCUCUCCAACACAGCUGCAUCCCUGAGAGUGGGAGGGGCUGCAGUGGUAGCUGGGGCUCCCAAGAAUGACGGGAAUGUCAUCUCCAUCUUCACCCUUCAGAGAGCAGUCCUUUCUCUGUGCAGCUGGAGACGCUGGUGAGGAGAGCCGGGUCCAGGUUCUUAAGAAUGAGGUGGGGAGGGGCUCUCCGGUGCUGCUGGGCUGGGUUGAGCAAGCCUACGAAGGUGUGUGUGGACCAUCCGCACCUCCAGCCCCCACCCCACGCUCUUUGUCUCAGCAUGUUAUGUGCAAUGACCUAUUUAAGAUAAACCCAUUCCAACUACAGCAGUUCAGGGCUGAUCCAAGCCCUGCCUCCCUCCUGCUCUGUCCAGGUGGUCUGGACCAUAAACUCAACUUGAGAGGGAAGGCUUGGGGUUGAGGGCUUAUGAUCAGAAAAAAUGAAGAUGGAAGUUUUGGCCGGUGCUCAUUAGACAUGAGUCCUCACUCUGUGUCCUGAGCCCGUGUCAUUCUUCUUCCAACCUUCCUGCCCCCACACACUUAUCCCAGACACAACACCAUGUGGUCUGGAGGUCCCAGUCCCCACCCUAAAAAGGUUAUCCCUGAGAACUCCACCAGACUUGGGAGCCCAAGGGCAGUGCCUGGUGCUGCUCCCAUCUGCCGCCCCCCCUUCUCUCCUGCAAUUGGUUUGUACUCACUGGGCUGUGCUCUCCCUUGUUUACCCGAUGUAUGGAAAUAAAGGCCCUUUUCCUCCUGGC